AUGUCGCACCCAAGACGCCCUGGCAACCGCAAGAACGUCAAGAAGGGAUUCCAGUUCACGUUGAUGGUUGUGGGAGCCUCCGGUCUGGGACGCACGACCUUCAUCAACACCCUGUGCGAUGCAGAGGUCGUCCCCAAGCGGGAGUGCGAGGAACCCGAAAUGGCCCACAUUGAGGAAGGCAUCAAGAUCAAGCCAUACACCGUCGAACUCGACGAGGACGGUGUCAAGAUCUCGCUGACGGUUGUCGACACUCCUGGCUUUGGUGACAUGAUUGACAACGAGUAUUGCUUCCAAGAGAUCUUGGGAUACCUUGAGCAGCAAUACGAUGACAUUUUGUCUGAGGAGUCCAGGAUUAAGCGAAACCGCCGUUUCCGAGACAAUCGUGUCCAUGCACUCCUCUACUUUAUUGCCCCAACUGGCCACAGCCUGAGAGAGAUUGACAUCGAGUUGAUGAGUCGUCUGAGCCCAAGGAUCAACAUCAUCCCCGUUAUCGGCAAGUCUGAUUCCUUGACUCCUGGAGAGCUCGCUGACUUCAAGAAGCGCGUCAUGGAAGAUAUUGCGCAUCACAAGAUCCCAAUCUACAACUUCCCCUAUGACCCUGAGGAGGAUGAUGACGAGACGGUGGAGGAGAACAGCGAACUUCGUUCUCUUCUCCCAUUCGCUUUGAUCGGCUGCGAGGAGGAGGUGACGGUUGAUGGUCGCAAGGUCCGAGGUAGACAGUAUCCCUGGGGUGUUGUCGAGGUCGAUAAUCCACAGCACUGCGAUUUUGUCAAGCUUCGCUAUGCUCUGCUCAGCUCGCACUUUCAGGAUCUCAAAGAAAUCACUCACGACUACCUGUAUGAGAACUACCGUACCGAGAAGUUGUCGCGUAGCACUGACAGCGCGUCUGAUAAUGAUUCGGGCGAAGAGGAUGAACAUUCUCGUUUGAAGGAGGAGCAGAUGAAGAAGGAGGAGGGCAAGCUGAAGGAAAUUGAAGACCGUGUCCAGCGUGAGCUCAAGGAAAAGCAGCAGGAGCUGUGGACCAAGGAGCAGCAGCUCAUGUCACUGGAAGCUGCACAAGUUCAGGUCCAGUAG